AUGAAAAUCCGACCUGCCUACCCAGCCGACAUCCAAGCUAUUGCCCAUAUCGGGUCAUUGGCAUUCGCAGAUGAGCCAAUUUACGAACACUUCUUCCCUUAUCGCAAGGUAUACCCGGAGGAUUUCAAAGCUUAUUUUGUCGAGGAUAUGACGCGGUUUAUGGUCACUCCAGGCCAUCUAGCUAUGGUGGCGGAACUGGAGGAUGACGAUGAGCAGGUAACAGAGCCAAUUGCAGGUAGCAGGGUCGUUGCGUUUGCGACAUUUGUUCGGUAUGGGACGUCGGCGGAGUUGAGGAGGUGGAAUCCAGACUCCUACUACAAAUGGUUCUGGCGUGUCCUCCUCGGAUCUCGAUCCACGGUGAACAGCUACAUCGCUCCGAAUCGAGCUAUUUCCUUCAAGGCCAUCGAUAGCUAUUACGGACAAGCGGCAAAGAUACAUGCUCAGUACCUCGAUGAGGACCAAGGGAAACUCGAGUUCAAGACCCUGGCAGUGCAUCCGGCCUACCAGCAUCGGGGAUAUGGCUUCAAACUGGUACAAUUUUGCGGAUAUCGGGCCUCCAAAGAAGGGGUAACUGUCUUUGGUGAUGCAUCUUCUCAUGGUCUGCCCCUCUAUGUUCGCAAUGGGUGCAAGGAAAUUGGGAAGAUACAUCUUCCUUCUCAAAAGGUCGACCUUGGUCCUCAUGGCGUGCACAAUAUUCCAGAGUUAGAUGUGGUGGUGUUGAGGUGGAAAGCUGAUGGUCCUCUGGGUUGA